AUGGACACGAGGUUCACGCGAGGGAAGUCCAGCAUCCUGGAGCGGCCCCUGACGCGGCCAAAGACCGAGGUGAGCCUGAGCGCCUUCGCCCUGCUCUUCUCGGAGAUGGUCCAGUACUGUCAGAGCCGCGUCUACUCGGUGUCCGAGCUGCAGACGCGCCUCUCGGACCUGGGCCAGAGCGUGGGAGGCAGCCUGCUGGACGUGCUGGUGCUGAGGGAGAAGAACGGGAGGAGGGAGACCAAAGUGCUGAACAUGCUGCUUUUCAUCAAGGUGAACGUGUGGAAAUCUUUGUUUGGGAAGGAGGCCGACAAGCUGGAGCAGGCCAACGAUGACGACAAGACCUACUACAUCAUAGAGAAGGAGCCGCUGAUCAACGCCUACAUCUCUGUCCCCAAAGAGAACAGCAGCUUGAACUGCGCCGCCUUCACCGCCGGCAUCGUGGAGGCCGUGCUCACGCACAGCGGAUUCCCUGCCAAGGUCACCGCCCACUGGCACAAAGGCACCACGCUCAUGAUCAAGUUCAGCGAGUCGGUCAUAGCCCGGGACAAGGCUGUGGACGGCAGGUAGUAGCGCAGCAGCAACAGGAACCUCCGAGCUGGUGCUUGUUUCAGGUGGACUGCUUUUCCUUGUGCACUGAGCCACGCAGCUACGUCUUUGUGGAUCCUCCUGCUCGUGGGAUUCCUCACAGUGACACAGUCAUGUUUAGUCUGAUGAUUUGUGACCGUGGGCUCUGCAGGGACACUUUUAGAAACUUAACCAAUCACGUAGAUGAAGAAUUGACAGAUGCAGCGUGUUUUGAAGCUAAUGUAACAUAAAUACGUCAUGUGACACAUUCUUGUUGCGUUCUACAGAGUUCAGGAUGGGUUCAGUCCAGUUCUGUGUAGAUAUUUGUAUUUUCUUGUGAACGUGUAGUGAGACUAUGCUAUUGAAGUACGAUUGUUUUGUCCUGUCGUCUUCCAGCUGCAGGAAGCGAAUGCACCACACACCGUGUCCAAACCCAGACUCUGUACAGGUGCUCGUCAGUGAGCUGGUUACCCUGGUUACCCUGGUUACCCUGGUUACCCUGGUUACCCUCACAAAGGUGGCAGCAGCUGUGACCAGGAAGGAGGUUUAAAAGCCUCCCGUGCUCCAGGACUGUUGCUAAAUACUCAGAUUUUACUUCUUGACAUGUAGAUGGUAAAACUGAGAAUUUCAGAGUGGAACCGUGUCUUAGACCUGUCGGGUCUUGGCGUCUCUCGUGACCAUUCAGACGUUUGUUCUGUACAAUAAAACUAAGGUGAAACCUG